UGUGAGUUAUAAUUAAUAUUUUGGAGUGAAUGAAGCUCCCAGAAGAAGGUAGACAAUGAGAAUCGUAUGCCCCACACAUGUGAAUGACAAAUUUGUUUCAAAAGCCACCAGGCAAAAUAAUGUAAAACCUCAACUACACGUAUGCAUUUCUUCCUGCCUUAAGACUUAUAAAUCAUCCUAAUCUCAACACUCACGCAAUCACUCUCUCUCUUUCUCUCUCUCUCCAUCAUCAUUCAACAACCUCAUGUCAGAAUCCAAAGAACCCAAAAAAAGAAAACAGUAAAAGAAAAACACCAGAAUUAAUAUAAAACAUUCCCCUUUCUGCAAAAGGAAAGCUGGAUCAUCAGAAAAACAGAGCAAAUUAAAACAAAACAUAAAUGAGACCGCCACCACCGCCAAGAAGAUCACUGGAGCUAUCAGCAGCAUCCCAAGUAGCUGAAUUUGGCUUCGUCCACCUCUCUCCGUCGCUCUCCUCCCCUCCCCCCACCAGACAAACGACAUGCGUUUCGCACACCUGCCGCUGGUGGCCCUACUCUGGCUCCAAAGAGUUCGAGGCCAACGCCGCCAUGGUCAUAAUCAUCCUCCUCUCCGCCCUCAUUUGUGCUUUGGGCCUCAACGCCGCCAUCCGCUGCUUCCUCCGCGGCGGCGGGAGCGACGACAACAACAGCCCACGGGACAACGAUGAUAGCAGUCAUCUUCCGCAGACCCAGCAAGAAUUGGUUCAAGCUCAGCAGAAGAGCAAUGUGGCGGGAGUUUCGUGCCUGGAGGGGGCGCCGGAACUUUUCUACUCGGCGGAGAUGAAGGCGACGCUGGCGGGGGCGGAGGCGGAGUGCGCCAUUUGUUUGUCGGAGUUUGUGGAGGGGGAAGGGAUCAGAGUGCUGGGGAGGUGCAAACAUGGCUUCCAUACUCACUGCAUACAGGAGUGGCUGUCUUCUCACUCCUCUUGUCCCACCUGCCGCCGCACGUGCCUUCCUCAAUCGCCGCCUCCAUCGCCACCACAACCCACCACGGACAAUAGUUCCCAGCGAAUUCCCGCGCCGGAAAGCGGUCCAUAGAGCUAGCCGCUGUACACAACAUCUGCUGAAUGCUGAUCCAUGCUAACAGAUAGGAAGUUCAGUGUGUGCCUGUAUAACUUAUGGGGGUGGAUUGAUAUAACGUUUCUCUUUCCAGCCGUUUCGAACUGCCAGCCAAUGUCUCUUUCUGCUAAAGUACCAACGCACCGCGAACUUGCAACGUAGUUUCAUAACUGAAGCGUAGUGCUAGAAUCAAUCGUGCACGCUGCUAGCUUCAGUCAGUCACGAAGCACGCUGCUAGGGUCAGUCAGUCACGAAGCACGUCAAGCACGUUGCUUUGCGCAACUGACCGUAACAUCCCGCAGUGCUUACGUCUUAAUACUUUUUUUUGGGUGGUUGAAGAUAAGACUCAAUGCAUAGGUAAGAUAUGAAAGAAUGACAUUCAGCUGGAGAGAGAGAGAGAGAGAGACGAAGCCAUGCUGAUAUUAGGGGAGGGCAAACGCAGUUUAUGCAGCCAAUUUCACUCAUUUCCCAACCAAAAAUACGAUAUUGAUAAAUUACUGCAGCCAAAACAACAACAUUACUCGCUAUUAUAUUCUAUUUAUUUCAACAACCGCGAAAACCACAUGAACUAUGUGUACAGAACAACUACAAUACCGAUUUGAUUCAAGAACUAGUGUUGCUACUAUCAAGUAUACAUAUGACACGACAAACA